AUGUCAAGGCAAACGGCGUCAGGGCACGCCGCCAACAACUCUACGCCUUCCUCGUCCUCCUCCUCGUCCUCGGCAAGCUCGAUCAAGCCUACAGGAUGGAUCAGGUCGACAUCAGCAUCCAGAUCCGCCUUGAGCGAUCGCACAAACCUGCCGUCUGGUUCAAGGAGCACUCCGCUACGUUCACUUCCAAAAUUGACGGUGCAAAGUGCUGGCAAACGUAGCACACCAGUGACAAACGGAGCUGCGAGCAAGCAGCAGAAGCUUUCGCACUUCUUUGCGCCCAACACGGCCCCUUCAGCAGUUCCCAGGGGUACAGCAGCGAACUUGGCGCGGUCGAACACAUUCCAGGAUUCGCCGAGUCUCGUGCGUGCGCGAGGAAGAACCGCCAGUGUCGAACUCGAGGCGAAAGGGUUGCCGGUUUUGGAGGAUGACGAGCUGGAAGCGCGAGCCGCCUCGCUGCUUCGAGGCCGGUUUGGCAGCGUCACGCGCUCACUCAACCCCAGUAGAUCGUCAACACCUGUUCGUGCUCCGUCUCCUCCCAGAUCAGACCCGGAGCCGGUUCGUCGAGAUAACCACCGUCCCAUGCAGCCACCACCGUCAGUACAAGCACGACGCCAACCACACCCUCGCAUCCUUCAAAGCAAAAGCACACCACCACGUCCAGCACGAGUAGAGCAGCAACCUCCCUCUUCCUCGCCGACCUUUGAGCCGACCCUGAUGGCGGAGUCUCUGUCCAACUUCACGCCACCCGCCUGGGAGAAGAACUACAAUUCGAGGAUGGCCUUGUUCAAGCGGCUGGCUGGAGUAUCGAAAGACGAGAUCUUCGAGACCGAGAAAGCGAACAUGGCGCAUCAGGUGGCCAAGGCGCACGCUCGCAUGCAACCUCGCUCGCCUACGUCGCCAAGGAAAGGAAGAGCAGCGGAGCAGCAGAAGGCAGCGUCGCCACGAAAGAAUCGGAUCAAGGAGGCAGCCGCACUGGCUUCUUCGCCGCAGAAGCAGGCGGCAUCACGCCAGAUCGAGGCAGUGUUGAGGUCUCCGAGGACAAACCGACGGAUCUAUGCGCUAGAAACGCAGCUCGGCGGUGGAUCGUUGGCGGAAAGGUCGGUGAGUCUGCAGCCGAUGAGGUUGCGACUUGGCGAUGAAGCAGCUGGGCAGCGCCGGGCGGUCUCAGAGGCUAGACACGAUACUGCCGGGCCAUCGACCUUUCGCCAGAGUGUCGUCAUUGACGACUCUUUCGCGCCGAGGACGGCAGAAGAGGAGGAAGAGUCCGAGACUCAGCCGUUGCCAUGGCCAGCAGAGGGCAACGGACACGACCUCGAAGUGGACGUGAAUGCAAAUCGCGACGAGACCCAGCCACUUCCAUGGGAGGAGGAAGAGGAAGAACAACUAGACGCGCCCGUCAGACCGACAACAAACGGUGCACUGCAGCAACCUGAAGACGAUCUCCAAGCAACCAUACUAGAGGUGCCGCCGUCCGACGAUGAAGAUCUCCUCCAGCAGAAAGUCUUUCCUUCCUCGUCCUCCUCGUCUGCUCCCUCGUCCCCGUCACCCUCGCCUACCCGCCUACCCUCAAUACAGCGUGCAGACCUUCGAGGAGCCUCGUCUCCCGCAAAGCGUCAACGGAUCAAGCACGAAGAGGAGGACAUCACCAUGGCAUCGCCCACAUUCUCUCGCUCCCAACGCCCUAGUCAGACUCUGCCGCUCCGUUCGCUUCCCACCAUCAGCCCGAUCUCUCUCGCGCCAAGUUUGACAGGCGGUGCAGAUCGAUUCGGACAGAUCGUAGCAGCGCUCAAAAAGGGAGAGCGACGACAGAAUAACGGAAUGCAGCUCAACCUCAACUCGUUCGUCUCGUCGUCCAAGGUCAAGGCUGAACCUUCGGAAGCAAGACGGGAGGGAUUAAGCGAGGACCUGGAAGACGUCCUUUCCGACGACGACGAUGACAGUGGUGACACAACUGUCACCAAUCUCAUUUCGAGCUAUGCAGGCGGAGACGCCGAGACGGACGAGACGCAACCCCUUCCAUGGGACUCGAGCCCGACACAGCUAGAACCCGCGUUGAUUCGGCCGCGGAUCCUCCCACUCCAGUCAGCCGGUAGUUCGCCCUUGAGAGCAUCCCAACGCACCACAGCUUCCAGCACGAGCAGCAGCAGCAGCGGCAUCAUCCCGAGCCAAACCAACCUCAACGCCGAGGGCAACACCCAGCUGCGCACCUUCUUUCACGAUUUGUAG